GUGUACAAUAAAACACCCAUACCUUUGACCCGAAGGUGUCCGAAGCUGUUCCGAGCCAAAACCAGAACCAGAACCAGAACCAGAACCAGAACUCACCUUGAAGCUGCAGUGAGCAGCCAGAUGACCGUCUUCCUGAAUCUCCUGCCGCUGGGGGGCGCUGCUUCACAGAAAACAAGUUCUAACAGCUCAAGGAUCAGCUGCAAAGACCCCAUGGCAGAACCAGGGAGGGGCUCUGAUGACCCGAAUGACAGUGAUCCGACUGCAGGUGGAAUGCCCAGUUGUUCCAGUUUAACCACUAGGGAGCUCCAGCAGAACUGGAAGCAGGCAAAGCAAAGAGAGCGUCCAGUUCGGCUUUUGUUUGAGAUCCCAUCGAGUCGAGUUGUGGAGCAGCCGCUGGACAAACACGUGGUGUUUCAGAUCGUGGUGAUUCGCUCUGGCAGCUUCGAUUCCCGCCGCGUUUCCGUAGAGCGCCGCUACAGUGACUUCCUCCGGCUUCACCAUAAACUGUUGCAGGAGUUCGAUGAAGAGCUGGAGGAUGUUUCUCUGCCCCGGAAAAUUCUGACGAGGAACUUCAACCCGGAGAAAAUUUCGCAGCGGCGGCUAGCCUUGCAGGACUACUUGGCCAAGCUGUUCUCCACCCGCUGUGUCAGACACUCGGCUCUCUUCUCGGAGUUCUUCACCGAACAGGAGCAGAAGCAGGCCCACGUGCUGCUCCGAGCAGGGCAGUUCAAGGCCGCUCUGGAGCUGCUGCUGACGGUGCUGGAAAUCCAGGAGAAGCUGCUGCCGUGGCAGAACUCCACCCUGACCGUCCCCACCCUGUCAGCCGUCGCUGUGUGUUACCGCGACCUGGAUGAGCCGGAGCAGGCGUUCUCAACCGCUCAGAGAGCGCUCCCUCCAGUGAGGCGAUAUGGACUGAAGCACUACAGAGCGGCGCUGCUGGAGCUGCUGGUGGACCUGGGCUACCAGCUGGGACGUCCCGUGGCUCAGCUGCAGGACGAGCUGACGGCCCUCAGAAAUGGGGAGAGAGGAGAGGUGUCCUUCCAAUCUUUGAAAGAGGUGGUGAUCCACAAGUUCAUCUGAGGGGAACCCAGACUGACCUGGGAACCUGGAACAGUUAGAAAACCAUGAGGAUUUUAAACCAACUUAGAUCAACCAUCUUCUACUGCUUCUCUAUCGGGUCGAAAGGUCACCAGUAUAUCCCAGAGACACACACCUAACGCCAGAGUCAUCAACUAACAUAACAGUCACGUUGUUGGACUGUGGAAGGAUGUCAGACUCCACUCCAUGAGGAUCAAGAGUCGAACCCAGGACCUUCUUUCUGCAACGUAACACUGCUACAAACUGCAUCACCGUGCCGCUCAUCAAAUGAGGGCCUUAGAUAGAAGGAACAUAAGUAUCACUUGAAAAACCUAACAGCAAUAUGUUUGAAUUACCUCUGAAAUCAUUUCAAUCAGUUUAUUUCUAUAGCGCCAAUCCACAACACAUUUCAUCUCAAGGCACUUUCCAGUUCACCAGAUCAAACAGUCAGAUUGA